GUAGGUAGUUGCGAGCGCGCCCGGCUGGUCGUCACUGAGCGAAAGGAAUAGAGUGAGUGGACGUUGUCUGCACGAGCCGACACCGCAAAGAAAAAGACGAAGCAACACCCAGCAACCAGGUGGACAAGCAGCUUCUGAAGCCGUCUUGCCUCCUUUCCUCAGCCACAACCGACCAACUCUUUUAUUCUCAUUAAAUAUGUCUAAUAUCGUCUGCUGUCAAACGCCACAGGUUAUGAUGUACGACCAACACAGAAUAAGUACAGCUCUAUAGCCAACGGGUACACGAGGACUUGAUUACAGUCACUUCAAGCCUGAUAGUUUGCCGGGGGUGGAAGCCCUCCCUCUCCCUUCUGCAGCCGCCCGUGUUGUCAAUUGGCAUUUCUUCUGACAACUUUCCCAUCCCACCGCUCGGGUGAAGACGACUGGAGGUUCCCUGGAAUCUCUUGUCUGCGUGACCUAUUUGACCUUCAGCUCCUGUUCUACUCUUGUAGUGACGCUUCCCCGGAUUUGUUUUCUUCUCUAUUCGGCAGACAAACCAAAUUCAGCCAAAAUGAUUCCGAAUGGGUACCUGAUCUUUGAGGAUGAGAGUUUCCUGGAUUCCACUGUGGCCAAAAUGAAUGCCCUGAGAAAGAGUGGUCAGUUCUGCGACGUUAGAUUGCAGGUAUGUGGCCAUGAGUUGAUGGCCCAUCGUGCUGUGCUGGCUUGCUGCAGUCCAUACCUGUUUGAGAUCUUCAACAGUGACAUUGAACCUCAUGGGGUGUCUCAUGUCACUUUUGAGGACUUGGACCCGGAGGCUGUGGAGAUCUUGCUCAACUAUGCCUACACUGCCCAGCUUAAGGCAGAUAAGGAGCUGGUCAAGGACGUUUACUCCGCUGCCAAAAGGUUCAAGAUGGAGAGAGUCAAGCAGAUUUGCGGUGACUACCUGCUGUCUAAGAUGGAUUCCCAGAAUGUCAUUUCUUUCCGGAACUUUGCCAGCUCAAUGGGAGAUGCCAGAGUUUUGGCCAAAGUGGAUGCCUACAUACAAGACCAUCUCCUUGAGGUGUCUGAACAGGAUGACUUCCUCAAACUUCCCCGCCUCAAGUUAGAAGUCAUGCUGGAAGACAACCUGACUCUGCCCAGCAAUGGCAAGCUUUACUCAAAGGUGCUAAACUGGGUGCAGCGUAGCCUCUGGGAGAAUGGAGAGCAACUGGAACAACUCAUGGAGGAGGUGCAAAUGCUGUACUACUCACCUGACCACAAGCUGGUGGAUGGAGGGCUGAUGAUUGAGGGGCAAACUGAGGUGUUUGGUGGCGAGGAGGACCACCUCCAGUUUGUGCAGAAGAAGCCGGUACGAGAAAGCACCCAGAGACCGAUGAGCUGCAGUUCCUCGGGAAGCCUUUCACCCUCCAACCAAGCAGCAAAUGCCCCCAAACAAACUACCAGGAGAGAGUGGAAGUAUAUCGCCUCUGAGAAGACUACGAACAACACCUACCUGUGUCUGGCUGUGCUGGACAGUGUGUUGUGUGUGAUCUUCUUGCACGGCCGCAGCAGCCCCCAGGCCUCUCCCUCUGCCACCCCCUGCCUGCUGAAGAGCCUCAGCUUUGAGGCCCAGCCCGAGGAGCUGGAAGAACACCAGCUGUCCCCAAUGCGUUAUGCUCGCUCUGGCCUGGGCACAGCAGCCAUCAACUCUAGGCUCAUCGCAGCAGGCGGCUACAAUCGAGAGGAAUGUCUGAGGACUGUCGAGUGUUACGACCCCAAAGAGGAUCGCUGGACCUUCAUUGCGCCCAUGCGAACUCCAAGGGCUCGUUUCCAAAUGGCUGUGCUAAUGGGACAGCUCUACGUUAUCGGAGGUUCAAAUGGACAUUCCGAUGAGUUGAGCUGUGGGGAGAUGUACGAUCCAGUCAGUGACGAGUGGGCUCAGGUUCCCGAGCUCAGGACCAACCGCUGCAACGCAGGCGUCUGUUCCUUAAACAACCAACUCUAUGUUGUGGGAGGGUCAGACCCCUGUGGGCAGAAAGGACUGAAGAACUGUGACGCCUUUGAUCCAGUCACCAAAACCUGGUCUAGUUGCGCCCCCCUCAACAUCAGACGGCACCAGGCCGCAGUGUGCGAGUUGGAUGGUUUUAUGUAUGUGAUCGGAGGGGCUGAGUCCUGGAACUGCCUGAACACAGUGGAACGCUACAACCCUGAGAACAACACCUGGAACCUGAUAGCACCCAUGAAUGUGGCCCGCAGGGGGGCCGGCGUGGCCGUCUGUGCCGGCAAACUCUUUGUCGUCGGCGGCUUCGACGGCUCCCACGCGCUCCGCUGCGUCGAGGUCUACGACCCGGCUCGAAAUGAGUGGAGGAUGCUGGGCAGCAUGACCACAUCCCGCAGCAACGCAGGCGUGGUCAUGCUGGGCCACAGCAUCUACGCCGUGGGCGGUUUUGAUGGCAACGACUUCUUGAACACAAUGGAGGUCUACAACCCAGAAGUGGAUGAGUGGAGCGACUGCAUCAGGCCCCUCUUUCCAUGCUCUGAG